CUCACAGAGCAACGUCUCUCCUUCAAAUAACAGAAAAGGUCGGAGGGAGAGAACAUCCAUCUGAACCAACGGGACACGGAGGUAAUAACUAUGAAGUUAUUUUUGGUUGUGGUGUUGGCCUUCAUCCUCCCGCUCAUCAGGGCUCAGGUUCCCCAUUGGGGUCCAUGUCCAGAGCCAGCGGUUCAACAGGCCUUCAACCUAAAACAGUUCAUGGGAAGAUGGUUUGAAAUUUCCAAACUGCCGGCCCAGUUUGAGAAGGGCCAGUGCAUUGAAACCAAUUUCACUUUGAAGAUGGACAACUCCAUUCGAGUGGUCAGCUAUGAAAUACUAAAAGCAGAGCUGAGGAAAAUCGAAGGGACUGGAGUCAUCGAGGAUAUGAAGAAUCCAGCUAAACUGGGAAUAAGUUAUUCCUACGUCCUGCCCUACUCCCCUUACUGGAUCCUGUCUACCGACUACGUGAACUCGGCCCUCGUGUAUUCCUGCACUGACAUCCUGAGGCUUUUCCAUGUGGACUUCGCCUGGAUCCUCGGCCGAACACGAACCCUGCCGGACGCCACCCUUGAGAAAGCCAUGGAGAUCUUCGCGGAGAACAACAUCGACGUGAGCAGGAUGAUUCCCAGCAGUCAGAAGGACUGCAACAAAACUGUCUGAGCAGCGAUGGAAAUGCAGCACGAGAUGGUGCUGUUGUUGACAGGAGAGAAAAUGAUGUAUGAUCUGUUCAAUACAAACCUUAGGCUAAUAUGAAGAUGAUUGUGACUGAUCUCAGUUUCUCAGUUUGUUUAUGUGUGGAACACAACUUUCUUGCCUUUGAGACAAAUAUGUACAGGACAAAAUAACUGCAUGCCUAUAUACUGUACAUUAUAGUUGUUGUUGUUGUGUUUAACAGCGCCAGUGAAAUAGUCAUACUCACCUUCUUACUCAAUGCAUCAUUCCUGGUUGUAUUAUUAUAAACUGAAAAAAAACGUUUAAGCUGCAAUCUUUGUCAUAAGGAAACCUGUUUGUAAAUCAUAUUGUAUCAAAUACUAUUGAGUUAAUCUGAUGUGUUAAACCAAAAACCUACAGCAUCUAAUUAGAGUCAAUAAAAGUCAGUAACAUAA